AUGUUGAACCAAUCUUUUAUCCUGAUCCUGAUCCUGCUGGUUGCAGUCUGUUGUUUCUCGGCGGAAUUGCCUGGAAAUGCCUAUUUGCCACCACUUAAGAACAAUCACCCAGUUCCAGAUGAAAAGCCACUAGUCGACAAUGGAUUCCUCUACGAUACCGACCAGGAUCCAUUUGAGCGGUACGCCCCCAUCUUUGUGGACUAUCCGGGAGUUCAUCAAUUUCUGAGGCAGCAACAGGAAUACGCUUUGGAUCUGCCCUUCUAA